AACACUUUUCUAUUUAAAAGAGUGUACAAAAGACGUAUUUCAAAACCUCGAUGAGAAGUACCAUUUAGUUUCGGAAGCGUAUUCCAUCACCAAAAAACUGUUCGUCCAAGGUCGUGACAACUAUAACACACUGAAGAACCGCUCGCUACACGUUAUGGACACCUUCCUGGACCUAGUGCACAUCAUGAACGAGGAGAUGGCGAGGGAACUGAGAAGUGCGAUUGUUAAAUUCUAUAAGAUCAAAUAUUUUCAUGAUUUUACUAAUUACGUGGUUAAUAUUGAAGAGACAGUGGACAUCAUCGAGCACUGUCUCAAGGAACCUUUGGAGAAGGUGGAUCAGAUCCGGGCCCAGUUUCACGAUGUGAUUAAGAACUUCCAGGACUCGCGCAACUUCGAUGUGGUGAACCGCUGCUACAACGAGCUGCCCGACGAGGUCGCGGUUACACACUGUCUAUUGCACCAGGCCGUGCUCUUCAAUGAAACGAUGCAAGCUAACCUAAUCGCCAUAGUCGAGAUAAAGACGCGCCAACACGCACAGGAUAUGAACGCAACGCUUUUCGGCGUACGGAAAUGUCUUAACGACUUCGUACCAAACUUCUUCGAGCAAGUUUUAGUAGACGCGUAUACGAACACUUGUGGUUUCCUCAAAGUUGUGAAUGCGUCAGUAUCUGAUUUGAUCCAAGACCGCUGGAGGAAAUUCCAUGAGACAAAGUUCCCGAAGAAAUGGAGCCCACUUGUUAGUCUUUUGAAAGAAAAGUCAUCAGCUACUCGACAAAGCACGAAAGAGCCGCUGUUUCUAACUCUGAUCGCAGCAAAUCUCACGCCUCACGAUAUUAUUACAACGCUUUAUUCCUAA